UGCUUAAGAUCCCUAUACACCUAGCUAGUUAUGCUCUUUUCUGUAUAGACGACUUUCCUUUUAGGAGAGAUUAAGCUGCUCACUCUCAAGUCAGCCAAUAGAAUUCUGAUCAUGACUUUACUUUCUUAACGUGAACUGAAACCUAAACAGAACCCUUGUGAGUUUUGAGCGAAAGCGAAUCCCUUAAACCAAACUAGUUCUAGCUACGCUAAUGGCACUGGUUAUGGUGGUUCUGGUUCUCUUCUAGAGUUUAUUACUUUCUCUCCAGCUAAAGAACUUUCUUUGGUUCGUUGGGGGCCCAUUAGAGAUAGAGAUGGGUGACAACAAGGGGGAAACAACAAAGAAACCGCAGUCAUCAUCCAAACAACAGCCGCAGCCGCAGUCUCAGCAGCAACAAAUUUCAUCUUCUUCUCCUAAAGAUGCAAUAUUAGACGAAUCAAACGAAACAAGACCUCACCACCACCACCACCCCCCACACCAACAAACGUCCACCGUAGUCGUAAGUGGAGCCUCCCACAUAAUAUCAAGCCCUUUGUAUAUCCCUAGUGGUGCAACUUCAUCUUCACCGUUCGAUCAACAACAGUUUGAUCAGGCUGUUAAUAAUCCAAAAAGACCUCGAUACACCACAACUGGGCAAUGGAAGAUACUCCCGUCUCCUUCUUCACAGCAGAAACAGCAACAAGUUGCCCAAAUGACAAUUUUGACGGGAGAAUCAAGCCCAAUAUCGGCUCCCCAGCAACAACCACCCACGCAAGUAGUACUCCACAGUACUGGAGCUGCUUCGUCUUCGGACACCGCAUCAUCUCCGUCUCACUCUAUUCCGUCUCUUUCGGGAUCCGGUCAAGACACGAGCAAGCCCGAACUAGCUGGGGAAAACCCAGUUCACCAACAAUUUAGAAAAGGUAAAUACGUGAGCCCUGUCUGGAAACCUAACGAGAUGCUGUGGUUGGCCCGGGCGUGGAGGGUUCAAUACCAAGGCGGGGGAUCUUCAUCGAGAAUGGAGUCAGUGAGUGGUGCGGAUAUUAAUCUUGUUGGUUCUCAAACCAAAGGGAAGACUAGAGCUGAUAAGGAUAAAGAAGUGGCUGAAUUUCUCCAACGGCACGGGGUUAAUAGAGAUGCUAAAACUGCGGGAACCAAAUGGGAUAACAUGUUGGGAGAGUUUCGGAAAGUUUAUGAGUGGGAAAGAGGAGGGGAGAGAGAACAUGUUGGGAAAAGCUAUUUUAGGCUUUCCCCUUACGAGAGGAAGCUUCAUAGAUUGCCAGCUUCGUUUGAUGAAGAAGUGUUUGAGGAGCUUUCUCAGUUUAUGGGCUCUAAAAUGAGAACACCACUCAGUACCAGACCUGGUAGCUCCCUAAUUGUUGCCGGAGAAUCUAGAGCUCUCACUGCGCCACCUCCUUUCAAAGAAGACGAUCAGUUUCCUCUAUCUGCAGUUAGGACGACAAAGCAAUUGAUUAUGGGAAGCGGUGUUGAGACAUUAUACUAUGGUGGGAGAGGGGGCUUAAUGGGGUUUGAGUCGUCUGUAGACAUGGGGGGCCCAUCUCCACCAUCAACAUCAUCCAAGGACCUUCGCCGAAUUGGUAAGAUACGAAUGUCUUGGGAAGAAUCUGUGAGUUUGUGGGCUGAAGAAGGUGAGCUCCAUAGGGGUAGAGUGAAGUUACAAACCUCGAGUUUCUUGAAUGCUGAUGAGCUCACUUACUUGGAUGAUGCCAUGGUUGCUACCACAAUGGAAGCUUUCGAAGAAGGUCCUCUACGAGGAUUCUCCGUGGACAGAUUCGUUUCUGGACAACAAGUCAAAGUUUUUGGCAGGAAAAAGCCUUUCUCAGUCUCUGCUUCUGGAUUCGCUGAGAAAGUUCACCAGCUUCCAUUCACGGAACCCUCAGUAAGAUCGAUUCCACCAUGGGAUUUUCAAGAUCCAUCCGAUUACUACGUGGGAUGUCUUCGAGUUUCUCCACCAUCAAUCCCAACCUUGUUCGAGCUCUCUUGGUAUUUACAAGAGGCACCACCGGAAGAGCUACGCUUACCACUUCGCAAGGAUGUUUAUCGAGACUUACCACAAGGGAAAGAACAUUUCUUUACAAUCUCUAACGAAUUAGUAGACUGUAGAGCUUUCACAUACGAUAUACUUAGUCCCAUAAUCCGUACAACACCUAGUCUUACCAGCUCCACUUCCACAAGUAGAGACUCCUUCAUUGGCCUUUGGGACGAUUGCAUUAACCGAAUCGUGUCAAAAUUCUGCUCAGUUGAUAUAGUCACUGUUCGUAAACCCACUAAUCCAAACUCAACCGAAGUUUUACAAGACCAAUGGCCAAACAUGACGGGUUUUGUAAGAAACUUUUGUUUGUGGAGAGGGGAAGAGACUGAUCAAGUAAGAGAAGGGCAAAUUGACCCAUCAAAUUCAUUAGUUGAAAAAUUAUUCUGGACUUAUCAAGAUCUUCCAUACAUAUUAGGUUACUACGCAGUUGGUUUUUUGGUAACAUUUUGUGCGCUAAGUCGAGGGGCUAAUCAGGACCGUAUAAUCAGGACAGAUCUACAGUCCCUUGACUUAUCCUCACCGUCAGAUCGACUAAAAGCCCUAAUCCCGUGUUAUCGAAUUGCUAGUCUACUCCCUUUACUAGCCGACCGUUGUUUCCACAGCGUUAACAACAUGAUCAACGUAGUGGCCAGCUCUAAAAUGAUUCCCUAUAGCGAUUUCGAGAGACUCGACACGGGUAAUGGAAACGUGACCGAGAUCACACCAAACACAGUGACUAGAUUCUACCCCAAUAAGAGAAAGUGGGCUGCAGUCAAAGAAAUAUACGAUUUCCUGGACCACCGUAUCCCACACGCCGAGUUCAUCCACCGAUCGUCGGAGAAGAACUUGGGCCUGGUAUUCAAGCCCAGAGGCUUCUCAAAGCCCGCCAGGCCCAUUAACUACGAUCAACUAAUAGAAUCACUCAAGUGCGUGACCAAAGCACUAGUGGCCUUACACGACUUGUCGUUCAUGCAUAGGGAUUUAAGCUGGGACAAGGUGGUGAGGCGGGUCGACAGAGACAACGAGUGGUUCGUCUCCGGGUUCGAGGAUGCUGUGGUGGCGCCCCAGAUAUAUCCCAUGGUUAAGCUGGCGGGUGGAGGAGAUCAGGCGGCGGCACGUGGGAGGCACGCGCCCGAGAUGGAGAGGGGUUUGCAUGGGGUUAAGGUUGACGUGUGGGGGGUUGGGUACCUGGUGAGGACGUGUGGGGUGGGGAAUGUGCCGAAGAUGUUGAGGGAGCUUCAGAACAGGUGUUUGGAUCAGAACCCGGAGCAGAGACCCACUGCCGCCGACUGUUACCACCAUCUUCUUCAGCUUCAGUCGUCUAUGCAGUCAGCCACGGCUACUGGGGUAUUGAUGUGACUCGUGUUGGUUCUCUGAUCCAAUGGUUAUGAUACACCAACUUUCUUUGUUUUUAUUUAACGGGGCAUUUUUUUAUUAUUUUUUAAAAUUUCUUUAUUGGGUAUUGGAUUAUAUUGAGGGUUGACGAAAUGGUUUUUUUUUUUUUAAUUAAAUUUUUUUAUUAUAUAGGAGGGUUUUUAAUGAAUUAUGUGCUUUACGUUGAUGGACGUGAUUUUGGCGGCGGCUGCUGAUUCUUGCUGCUACUGCUGCCAUUGUUGGCGCCGCUGGUCUUACGGUUAGUUCCAUCAGAGUAUCAAAUCAGCGUCAGAAACUGAUAUGUAAUAUACAUACUUUUGUUUUGCGGUUUUUGCCAUGCACAUCUUAUUUAUACUCCGGUAACUCCAUUGAUUUCUUCUUGUAUAUUAUUAUUAUUAUUAUUAUUAUUGAAUACUUAUUCUAAAAAUAUAAUAUUACCUUAUGUUAUAUUAA